AUGGUAACGCCAAUAUCGUAUUUGACGCUAUAUAAUGCACACAAUGGGGAAUCGGUGAAGAUUCCAAAGCCAAUCCGAUUCCACAGUUUAAAUGGACUCAAGUCAUUCAUAUAUGAAUCGUUCACAGAUUAUAUCAUAUCAGAUGUUGAUAACAUCUUCUUGCUAACUUCUUUUGGAAUGAAAGUAAAGUUCAGUAUCAUCAAUGAGCUCGAUGAUAUAUACGUAUUUGAUAAGAGACUAUUUUCGGGUUCAAGAGAGGAAUCCAUCGUAAAUGCAUAUGUUAAUCAAAAUGAAGGAGGAUAUAAAGACAUGAUUAGGCCAACGCCAUCAUCCUUAGUGCACUUAGAAAAAACGAACAUAAAGCAAAUGACUAGUAGUUUGAAGGUCAAUGAUGGCUGGUCGAAGGCUUUAUUUCAGGAUUGCUUAGGGAUGGUCGAUCAGAUGAAAGUAUACGUCAAACAGAUCAAUACGAUAUUUAAAUGCCUCAAUAUUAUAUUUCAGUUUGGUUCAAACUUUAUCAAUGGCAUUGAGAAGAGCUUUAAUAAUUAUUUGAGCUAUAUUAAGCUAUUGAAUUUGAAAACGUUGCAUAGAAGUUGGAAUGGUUACUACAGUAAUUUGCGAAAGUUCCCCAGUUUUCAAUUCAAGAAUGGAACAGAUAGCAUUAAGAUAUCAGAAAAUUUGAGUAUAAGUGAGCUAGAGAAGUCAUCGCUGUUUGUAUCAAAGAAUUUACCACUUGUUAUUAACAAGUUUAAUGAGAUGUCUGCUUCCAUUAAUUCUGUGAAUGAUGAUAAAGUGAGUAUUGAUAAGCUUAUAGAGUUAUUAAGAAAUGAGUCUAUUGAGAACUUCAAAGAUUAUGAUACAGGCUCAGAAGAAAUAAUCAAGGAUUUGUCAAAAUUGUGUCAAUUGAUAUCUCAUGAUAUAGACAAAUUAUCCACAAAUACAUCGAUAUCUCUAGACUGGGUUUAUCGUAUUCACAAGGAUGAGAUCUCGCCAAAAAUAUUUGAUAAAGCAUCUCAAUUAUUCAAGAUUCUUCAAAACUUAUACUUUUUUAAGAAUAAAAUAGUGAAUGAAAAUUUGUCUAUUUUUGGAAAAAUUGCAAACUUACAAAUGCGUAUGGUGAACAUUAAGAAUGAUUUAAGAAUAUUAACGAAUUCAGAUGAUAACAAUCAUGUUUCAAAAGAAAACGAAGUUUCAAUUCAUGUCAUUAAUAAGAUCAAAUCUGCCGAGGAUUAUUUGUCUUUGACUAUUGAUUUACCAUUAUUAUUUGGCUUUAUGCUCAUCGAAAAGCGGCGCCAGUUUGAAUGGCACGAGUUUUAUUCCAAAGGAAUUGUAAAUAAUGUCUCUGAACAAUUAUCUAUUAUAAUUGACCAUGAAAAAAUAUUUAGGAAGUUGUGGCUCAAAAAAUUUGGUAAUUUCUUAUCAAUAUUAAAUACUAAUGAUGAGAAGGAUGCAUUGAGAACAGUAUUGCCAAGUAUUGAUGUGACCUUAGUUAAUGGAAAUGCUGGAAAUAAUUUGACAUUUGGAAUUAUUAAUAAUAUUCAGAUUGAAAGGGAGGAUAUUUCUACGUACAUUAACACUUUGGAAGAUUACAGUAAUGCUGGAACAACUUCUUCACCAAGCAGUAAGAAAUUUGUGGAAUUAAUGAAAAAGAAUUUCCAAGAUUUGAUUAAAUGCACGAACAACAUGAAGAGAGUGACAAAAAUGGUAUCGUCAUUGUCGUCAUUAACUUCACCUGUUGCAAAUGAAAUUAAAAAUGAUGAGAAGUCGCUAGUUAACCUUAAGAAUGAAAGCAGCGAUAAAAAUGCGGAAAAUAAAGCGAACAUGAGUGAACUUGGUGAAGUUGAUUAUGAUAUAAACUUAAUAAAGGGAUUGAAAAUAAGGAUUAAGAAAUUAGAAAAUUUGCUUCAUCAACAACAAUACAAGGAUCUUUCGAAUUGGCCAGUAACCCGAUCAAAUGGUGCGAAUGCUACGUCAACUUCUGAGGCUGAUGGAAGACUCAGUUUAAUACUUGAUCUGAAUCAAAAACUGUCUUCAACAAGCAAUCCUAAAAUUGACCCGACAAAUUUGCUACAAAGAAGAAAAACUCUUCCUACUAAAAUGAGCAAUGCAGCCACAACAGAUAGUCAACAAUCCAAUCAUUUGGAUGUUUCUACUACAAUUGAUAAGCAUCUUGAUAAUAUCCGUUUGAAGAAAGAAAAUAAUGAGUUAACAAAUGAAAAUCUUAAACUAUUAACUACUAAUAAAGAGAGUGAAGAACUAAUUGAAGCAUUACGUAAAGAGAUUUCUAAUCUAAAGACAAAAAAUAAAGAGCAAGAUAAACAUUAUAAGGAGGAAUUGCUUAGACAAGAUGAGAAAAGCCAGAAAACAAUAACCAAAUUAAGGGGAGAAUUACAAGCUUUCCAACCCGAAAAUAAUAAAGAUGUUGUUGAUCUAAAAGAUAAACUCAAUUCAAAAGACGCUGAAAUCUUAGAUUUGAAGAAAAAUAUUGCAAAACUUAACGAUGAUAACAAAGGAUAUGCAGACGAAGUUACGAAAUUGAGUGAAAAAAUCAUUACCUUACAGAAUGAUAUAAAUGAUGCCAAUGAUAUGAAAAAUGAUUUACUUUCCAAUAUGGCCUCCAAAGAGACAGAUACGAUUAACCAUCGCAUUUCACUUGAAGAGGAAAUUAAGAAAUUGAAUAGGAAGGUAGAGGAAGUAACGGAGGACUACGAGAAUCUCAUGGAUUUGACACAAUCAAAGGACAAUAAUCUAGAGACCAUGGUUAAUUAUUUGAAUAACAUAAUAAUUCAUCUCCUCUUAAACAUCAAAUGGUUGGUAGAGCAAGAGUUUGAGACCUUUGUUGAGUUUUGCUUUAUAUUAGAAUCAAUGGGUCUUCUAUUAAUAAAAGAACAUAAUAAUGACAGAAAUAUUGACGAGUUUAAAAUUACUAGAGUGAAAGGUUUAAAAUCAAAGAGAAACGACAAAAUUGUGCCUACAUCGGCCAAUGGUAAUGUAUUGGAUGAAACUCCGAUUGUGCCAUCAAUCGGAAAUAUGCCCACUUCUAAAGUUGUAGAUGAUAUACAAAAACUUAUAAGAUGGAUUGAUGAUAUAGGAUUUAGUGAAGGUGGAGAUGAAAAAUCACAGACAGCCAAUACCGCUGGAUCCCUUUCAUCAAGUGUACUUAAUGAUCUUCCCGAGGACUUGAUGAAUUUAUCCAUCGAUGAACCUAGGUUUAACCGUCAAUCUCUAGAAUUAGUGAAAUUGUUCAGGGAUAUUUUCAAAUCCAGCAAUGGAUCGACAUCAAAAUUUGAAUGCUUUAUUAAUGCAAUUGGAUUUAAAGAGAAUAUUUGCGUAAAUCAAAACCAUGAUGAUUCAGUUGUCAGUGAUAGGUUCUUCUUAGGUGCUAUAACGAAGAGAUUUAGAGAUGUUGAAGGGUUUGCAAAAAAGCUUACCAAGGAAAACAAAAGUAAGGCACACGAAAUAAAUCAGCUAAUUAGUAAACUUAAUUGCAGAAUUUCAAUGAAUAAUUUUGAAGUGGAUGAUUUAGUAUUGUUCUUGCCAACUAGGAUCGAUAGAACGGAAGAAAUAGAUGAAAGUUUCCAACCAUGGGCAGCUUUCAAUAUUGGAGCUCCUCAUUACUUUUUGCGGGUUCAAACUAAUGAAGGAAAGAAGACUGACAUUACACACUCUAUAAAAGAUAAAGAAUGGAUGGUUGGGCGUGUUACAGAUAUUGAAGAGUAUACUGUGACAGACGCAAAUUUCAAUGACAAGGAUGCAAAUCCUUUCCACCUCAGCACCGGUGUUGUUUGGUAUGUCGUUGAUGCAAAGGAAGAGAGUUUUUAA